CCUAGAAUUCCUUCCUAAACAAAGGCCAUGUAUAUAAUUUGCCUUUUUUUAAAUGCAUGAACCUGAAACCCUACUAUAAAACCAACCUCACCCUCUCCUUCAUUUCUCAUCAUCAACUCAUCACUACACACACACACACACAUAUAUAUAUAUAUAUAGACACACAUAUAUACGUAUAAUCUUUGUCCUAAUUAAACCGAAGCCUCGUAAUGGAUAAGGGAUGUGUGGGAAGAUUGAAGACAUGGAAGCCGUUUCUAACGGUCAUAUUUCUACAGUUUGGUAACGCGGGCAUGUCGAUUAUUGCAAAGUUUGCCCUCAACAAAGGCAUGAGCCCUCAUGUUCUCGCUGCCUACCGUCACGUAGUUGCUACUCUCAUCAUUGCCCCUUUCGCCUUUUUCUUGGAUAGAAAAGUGAGGCCAAAGAUGACUCUCCCGAUCUUGUUCAAGAUAUUGUUGCUCGGAUUAUUGGAGCCAACAAUAGACCAGAACUUAUACUACACCGGCAUGAGAUACACUUCGGCAACUUUCACGGCCGCAAUGUCCAAUGUUCUCCCUGCCUUUGCGUUUCUUAUGGCCUGGCUCUUCAGGCUUGAGAAGGUUAAUAUAAAGAAAAUGCCGAGUCAGGCCAAGAUUCUAGGGACCAUUGUAACGGUCGGUGGAGCAAUGCUCAUGACUCUUGUGAAAGGUCCUUUAGUUCCACUUCCAUGGACCGAUAAUCCAAACAAUGCCCAUCAAGAAUCGUCGAAUCCGAGUAUAAAACAGGAUCCUGUUAAGGGUGCUCUCCUCAUAGCCGUCGGUUGCAUUUGUUGGGCCGGUUUCAUCAAUCUCCAGGCAAUCACGCUUAAAACGUACCCGGUCGAGCUCUCUUUAACAGCGUACAUAUGCUUAAUGGGAGCCAUCGAGGGCACCGUAGUGGCUCUUGUGAUCGAAAGAGGCAAUCCGUCCGCAUGGUCCAUACAGUUAGAUUCCAAGUUACUGGCUAUUGUUUAUAGUGGAGUGAUUUGUUCGGGGAUCGCUUAUUAUGUUCAAGGAGUGGUAAUGAAGACUCGAGGGCCUGUAUUCGUGACCGCCUUUAAUCCUCUAAGCAUGGUCAUCGUCGCCAUCUUGGGUUCUUUUGUGUUGGCCGAGGUUAUGUUCCUUGGAACGAUUCUUGGAGCAAUAGUGAUAGUUCUUGGACUCUACUCGGUUUUGUGGGGCAAAAGCAAAGACGACAAUGCGUCGUUUUCGGACAUAGACAACGAACUCCCACUUAGUCACAUUCAUCAAGUUGAGAGUGUCUCGUCAAAAGCAAACCGAGGAGUGGAACCACAAGCGAGGCCUAACAAUGAAUCUGUCUGAAAAGAGAUUUCCAAAAAGAAAACCCUAAUAUUAGCGAGAUUAAUUAGUUAAAUAAAAAUUUCAAAUCCGGAGUCUAAUUUCCAAACCGGGAUUUGUAGAUUCCGAUUGGCCAAACUCCUAUAUAUAUAUAUAUAUAUAUAUAUAUGUUUACGUAUAUGUCUUAUCGUUUUGAAUCCCGGCUUCAAUAUUAAUAUAUGUAAAAAGCGCCUUUUGCGUGGUGCUUUGAGUUCUUCCAAAUCAUACAUCUUGUGGGUUUCCUACGUGGAUUUCCAAUA